UUAGUGUUGGAGGGAACCGACUGCUGCUUCCCUACCCUCAGUGACUGUUUCGGGCAGUUCCAGCUUUCCCUGCAUAUGGUUUGCAUCUGUGUGAGUGGAAAUCCAGAGGAAAAGACGUGGUGGCCGAACCCUUGAUGAUGCAACUGCAGAAAUCCAGGAUUAACAUAGAGAGUAUUGACGCAGUGAUCAUUGGUGGUAAGAAUGGAGAGCUCACUGCAGGAGACAUCACUGUGGGGCCAUGCUUCGGAAGAGCCAUCUCAGGAGCCCCAAACCGAACCACAGGGCCUGUCUGCCCUGAUAUCUUAUAAAGCACAAGAAUCUGUGACCUUCAAAGAUGUAGCUGUAGACUUUACCCAGGAAGAGUGGGCCCUGAUGGACACAACUCAGAGAACGCUGUACAGAGAUGUGACGCUGGAGAACAUUAGUCAUCUGGUCUCUGUGGGGUGUCAUUUCUUCAGAUCAGAUGUGAUCUCCCAGUGGGAGCAAAGAGGGGAGCUGUGGAGGGAAGAAAGAGGACCUCCACAAGGCUGGAGUCCAGGCAUGAAAAACAACCAUAACAAGGAAGAAAUAAUACCUAUGCAAGAUAUCUGCACGAAGGACCCACCUAAUUGCUGGACAGUACAGAAAUGUUACGCAGGAGAAGAUCUCUGUUUAUAUAGUGGGUAUGAUGAAAUCUUCACCCACGCCUACACGUUGACUCAACAUGUCUUAAAUCACCCUGUACGGAAACCCUAUAAAUGUAAUGAAUGUGGAAAACACUUCACUCGAAAUGCCAACCUUCGUACCCAUAAAAUAACUCACACAGGAGAGAAUCCGUUUACUUGUACUCAGUGUGGGAGGCGCUUCAGGUAUUUUUCAUCUUUAACUAGACAUAAGCGAAUUCAUACUGGAGAGAAGCCUUAUGAAUGUCGUCUAUGUGGGAAAAACUUUGUUCGAAGUUCCAUUAAAUGACAUGAGAGAACUCACACUGGAGAGAAACCAUAUAAAUGCCAUCUAUGUGGAAAAGGCUUCGUUACAAGAUCUAAUCUUCGAGAACAUGAAAGAACUCACACUGGAGAGAAACCAUAUACAUGUCAUCAGUGUGGAAAAGCUUUUGUUACA